GCGGCGGCAGGCGGAGGUGCCGGUGGGGGCGGCGGCAACCUGCCGCCGCCGCCGGUGCGUGUGGCGGCGGGGGCGGCCACUGUGAUGUGGGCGGUGACGGAUGGACGCCAGAUCAUUGAGCAGGUGUACACCCGGAGCGCCAGUCUGGACGGCGACGCCGUGGUGGUGUUCCUGCGCGCCCUGUGCGCCGUCAGCAGGGAGGAGCUGGACGCACCGCUGCCCCGGGUGUACAGCCUGCGGAGGCUGGUGGAGGUGGCCCACCUCAACCUCUCCAACCGCAUCCGCCUCAUCUGGUCCAAGAUGUGGACCGUCCUAUCCGCACACCUCGUCAUGGCUGCAUGCCACCCGCAGCAGCCCAUCGCGGCGCAGGCAGUCGACGCGCUACGCAG